AUGGCGUCGCCUCUGCUCUUUCUGCUUUCUGUCCUGCUCCUCGCCUCCCACCCUGUGUCGGCGAUAUGGCCAGUGCCCAAGAGCUAUUCCAAGGGCAGCUCGGUCCUGUACCUGCAUCAGAACCUUCAGAUCACUUACAAUGGCGCAUUCGUCCCAUACGUGUAUGGAUAUGUCCCUCUCAAUUCGGACAGCAAGGAAAUCGUCACGGCCGGCGUCUCGAGGGCCCUGAGCUCCAUAUUCGCCGACAAAUUCGUCCCGUGGAUGAUCACGAAGCGCAACAAGCUGGCCGAAUUCGAGCCCGACGUGUACAAGGGCCAGACGUGGAUCAAGAACCUUCAGAUUGUCCAGGCGGGGAAGGACACGGCCAGCACCUUCAAGCCUCUGGCUGGCGAGGUGGACGAGUCGUACAACCUGACGCUCAGCACCGAAGGCGAUGUCAAACUGACGGCCGUCUCAUCCAUCGGAAUCCUCCGCGGGCUUGAGACGUUCACCCAGCUGUUCUACCAGCACUCGACAGGGACCUUUUGGUACACGCCGUUUGCCCCCGUGUCGAUCCAAGAUGCUCCCAAGUAUCCCCACCGUGGCGUCCUGCUGGACACGUCCCGGAACUACAUGGGUGUCAAGGACAUCCUCAGGACUCUCGACGCCAUGGCCUGGAACAAGCUGAACGUCCUGCACAUCCACGUCACGGACUCACAGUCGUGGCCUCUCGAGAUACCGUCACUGCCCGAGGUUUCGAGGGAAGGCGCCUAUCAUCCGUCCCAGGUAUACACCCCCCAGGACGUGGAGCUAGUUCAGAAGUACGGAAGCCAGCGGGGUGUCGAGGUGUACUUUGAAAUCGACAUGCCGGGCCACAUCGGAGCCGUUGCCUUGUCGCACCCAGAGCUCAUUGUCGCGUAUAACAAGGCGCCAUAUUGGUGGUGGUGUGCAGAGCCGCCAUGCGGAGCGUUCAAGCUCAACGACACGGCCGUCGACAACUUUCUCGACAAGCUGUUUGAUGAUCUGCUCCCGCGCCUAGCGCCGUACUCGGCCUAUUUCCACACGGGCGGCGACGAGCUGAACAUGAAUGACUCGAUGCUGGACGAGGGAAUCCGGUCCAAUGACUCGGCAGUGCUGCAACCUCUACUCCAGAAGUUCAUCGACACCCAGCACGCUCGAGUCCGGAAGGCCGGCCUGACGCCCAUCACAUGGGAAGAGAUCCCGCUGGAGUGGAACGUCACCUUGGGCAAGGACACGGUUGUGCAAGCCUGGCUCGGGGACGAAUCGGUCAAGGCGCUGACAGGGAAGGGUUACAAGGUCAUUGACAGCAAUUACAACUUUUUGUAUCUAGACUGUGGCCGUGGGCAAUGGAUCAACAUGGACAACGGCGGGGCCUACCAGACGUUUUAUCCAUUCAGCGACUGGUGCGACCCGUACAAGAGCUGGCGGCUGAUCUACUCGCACGACCCGACGUACAAUCUUACUGAAGAGGAGGCGAAGCUGGUCAUUGGCGGCGAGGUGGCAGUCUGGGGCGAGACUAUUGAUCCCGUCAACCUAGACAGCAUCCUGUGGCCGCGAGCGAGCGCCAUGGGCGAGAACCUGUGGUCUGGCACGACGGACGUCUCAGGGCAAAAUCGGAGCCAGCUUGAGGUGACACCGCGGCUUAAUGAGAUGAGGUACCGCAUGGUGGCCCGCGGGGUGGGGGCUUCGCCCAUACAAAUGACGUUUUGCACACAGUCGGACAGCUUCGACUGCUCGUACCCAAUCUCAUGA